AUUAAUUAAAAUACACCAUAUAUUUAAAAAACAAAACAUAUCUCUGCUGAUAAAAUGAAACAUUUCACGUACUACUUCCUAAUAAUUAAUUUCCUUCAAGUUAAGGUGGAAGCUGCUACCAUUGACGUAUUGGAAGAUCAACCCGUCACUGUCUUGUGUAGACAAUCACCUCAAUCUGAACGCUGUAUUGACUAUUUGAAGCUUUAUGAUAACAAUAAACAUUUUCUCGCAGACUACUUUGGUUACACGGAUGGUGCAAAGACCGUUAUUGAUAAAAACAAGAGCCCAGAUUGGAUAAUCACCACCUCUGGACAUCUAGCCGGCCAAUGCAACAAAGGUGACCUGAUGAGAAUCGAGCUCAAUAUUGACAUGUCGAAACUACAAGAUAGCGGGGUGUUUACAUGCAUCAUACAUUUUGAUGUCGGUGAACCUGAAACAAUAGAGACUAAUGUCAUUAUUAGGAGAAAAGAAAAAAACUUGUCAUUUAAGAUUUGGCAUUUAGAAUACAUCAGCUCUAUGACAGUUUACAUCUGUAGCCAAUUUGGUAAUUUAAAUAUUAGUUUUCGCUCUAUUUUUAGAAUGAACGCUGAUGAUCUCUCAAAGUCACUAGAUACCACGCAUACCGAAAGUAACGAGGAGCUCUAUGCAAUGAAAUGUUUAAAAAAGAAGUUCUUUAUUAUAUUUCAUGGAAUGCGUAUCGAAUACAUUGAAGUUGACACGACUGAUCUAGUAACAAUGAUUGUGGUUUACAACUGGUUGAGUUACCAGGAAGCGUACAUGGCACUUCCGAUAAACGAAUGGAGAUCAAGAUACAUUAUUAUAUAUAGCAGGGCGGGAUUUGUUACGAUUAUAUCUGCAAAGAAUAACUCGAGCCUCAAUGUAAUAAGCCAAGAAGUGGGCGAAGAACAACUCGCUAUCACAGAGAGAGAAGUGGAACUAAGAUCAUGUCAGAUGAUAUUGCCAAUGAUGGGAUUUGUAGAAACAAAUACAUUUUUGGGUUUGUAUGUGUACUCCGAUAGUGCCUUUGGUGUUGUAGCCGGCCAGUGCUACUUGGAUAAACAAUCGUCAGUUCAAAAUUUAGAAUCUGUGUUGCCUAUUGAAGACUUGCCUAGAUACACGUACGUGGCUUUCUGUCCCGAGAAACGCCAAUGCUAUCUUAUCGUCUAUGCAAUGGUACCUGGGAACUUUACAUGUAAAAAGCUGUUCGGUGACUCACAUCCCUGUUGGCCGAUUAAAUCCCAUGCCAACAUUAUUGUCUAUCAGAAUUCGUCUAAUGCAUUUCUGAUCGAAGGGAUAUCACCUAUGCAUGUAGUGGUUUCAAUGACGACUGUUCAGACUGGCAUAAUUACUCUGUGUACAAUCAUCCCUUCGAACAUCUUCGGAAUAACCUAUUCCUUUAUGUUGCCUGAUGGGUUUAGUUCUCAUUAUCUCGUGCUAGUAACACAGAAACCGUACGACGAUCUUCGAGGACAUGUUAUUCAGUUGUUGAAGCCAGCAUUUAAUUCUUCGGGAAACAGUGCCGGCGUUAACAUUUUUGUUGGCCCAGUUACAAACGAAGAUACUAUAACUAGCAUUUCACAAACUCCAUUCGGCUGCUAUCUUUUCGGAGAUUCUAAAACGAACAGCUAUGCUACUCCUAUACACUCAAGAUUUUAUUUUAACAAUUAUGUAACAGCAUCUACGACCACAACCACUACGACUCCGACCAAUACUCCCUGGUGUAUUCCUAGUUUAAAGUUACCAGGAGAUAACAAGGACAACGACUGUGAUGGAUAUGUUGAUGAGGAGAUAGAUAACAGCAAGGAUGAUGACAACGAUAAUAAAAUUGACGAAGACACAGCCGCUUACACAGAAACUGGUUGUCUGCCUGGUUGGUUUGGGACUAAAUGUGACAAGUUGUGCCACUGCAACAACUCUCAGUGUCUGAAGAACGGGGAUUGUCAGGAGAAUGUCGCAUGUCUUCCGGGAUUCUUUGGCUUACAGUGUCAAUACAAAGACAUUAUCAUUGCUGCUAAUGUCAGCCAAGAGGAAAUGAAGUUUCGCCAUUCUUUUAAGUGCUGGAACAAUUUCACUGUCAUGAGUCCUCUGAAAAUCACAUUUUCAAGCGCCACUCGAAUUACUUGGAUACAAAUAGAAGCCGCAUCCAAAGAAGACCUGAUGGGACUUCAACUCACAUUUGAAAAGAUACCCAACAUUCGGUGCUUCACUGGACCAUGCCAGGAUCGAAGGGACAUCUACGAAGAUGAAAGCACUUUGAUAAUCAUGUGUAGAAUAACUAGGAACAUUUGUCAGGUGUCUAUAACAUUUGAUGAACCGACAAAGCCAAGGCAAUUCUGUGCUGUCUAUGUUAACGCGGGACGUAAUGUAGCACCAGGCAGUGAAGUAAAAAUGUCCAGUUAUUACAAUGACACGUUGGGACGAGUUAGCCGUGGGUCACUGUCAGUUGAUGGUCAGACAAAGGACACGCCACUAUCCUGUUCCAGUUCAGCUAUCAACGAUUUAAAUCCAGUUUGGAAGCUGUGGUUUUCUAAUGUCAUGAGAAUUGAUGAGAUUAUGCUCAACUUUGGAGCAAUAACCUCGAACAACGAUUCUUUUGUUUUAACACUGAAAGACGACAACGGCACCACUCUAUACACCUGGACUGGUGGAACAGCGAGAAGAGUCUCCAUCAUCCCACAGAUUCGGGUCUUCGCCCUAAGUAUAGAGGCUGUCUACUCGAACAGUGUGGUGGCGAUCUGUGAAGUAGAGACCUAUGGAGAUAAAGUGUGCCCCUCCAACAUACGGCCCUGAUUGCUCAGACAUCUGCAGCAUCUCAUGCCCAGACAUGAUGUGCACCUACGAAGGCUACUGCCGUGUGUGCCCUAACGGCACGGGGGGUCCGUACUGCUUCGAAGGAUGUAUAGACUGGUGCGGAGACUACCAGGAUUUGACCAACACCACCACAACUGCGCUCAUUUCAAGAGUGACCAAAAACCCGUACCACACCCAUUCAGGCUUUGACUUGGAGAACUUCUGGUACUAUUUGAUGGUCAUCCUCCUUCUAGUAGUUGUCGUUUGCUUGAGCGGUUUAGACAUUUCAAAAGGAGAAAAAAAAGAUAAAGCCAUACAAGAAAUCACAGAACAAAGACGAGAAUCUUCUGAAACAGCUGUAGAUAUUACAGCAAAACCAGAACAUUUGACAAGAUCAAACACCUCAAUAGCAUCAAUGUCAGAAACUCCUAUACAAUAGUUGACUGGUGCAGUUUCAUUGCAAUGCAGCUAGAAUUGUAAACAUUACUUUUAUGGUACUAUAAUAACGAUAUUAAAGGUUUAACAAAAUUAUGUAUACUAAAUUUGUUGUUCAUGUAAC